GUUUAUUCCAGAAAGCCAUUGCUCAGAGCGGCACCGCCAUCUCCAGUUGGUCCGUCAACUAUCAGCCACUCAAGUACACCCAGAUGUUGGCCUCCAAGGUUGGCUGCGACCACCUGGACACUGGGAGUACGGUGGAAUGCCUACGGCAGAAACCUUACCGGGAGCUGGUGGACCAGGACAUCCAGCCUGCCCGCUACCACAUCGCUUUCGGCCCCGUGGUGGAUGGCGAUGUGGUCCCCGACGACCCGGAGAUCCUGAUGCAGCAAGGCGAGUUCCUCAAUUACGACAUCCUGAUCGGGGUCAACCAAGGGGAGGGCUUGAAGUUCGUGGAGGACUCCAUGGAGAAUGAGGAUGGCAUCUCGGCCAGCUACUUCGACUUCACCAUCUCCAACUUCGUGGACAACCUGUACGGGUACCCGGAGGGCAAGGACAUCUUGCGGGAGACCAUCAAGUUCAUGUACACUGACUGGGCCGAUCGCGACAAUGGCGAGAUGCGCCGCAAGACCCUGCUGGCGCUUUUCACUGACCACCAGUGGGUGGCGCCUACCGUGGCCACCGCCAAGCUCCAUGCUGAGUACCAGUCUCCCGUCUACUUCUACACCUUCUACCAUCACUGCCAGACGGAUACGCGGCCCGAGUGGGCCGAUGCGGCCCACGGGGACGAGAUCCCCUACGUUUUCGGUGUGCCCAUGCUCGGGGCCAUGGACCUCUUCCCUUGCAACUUCUCCAAGAACGACGUAAUGUUGAGUGCUGUGGUUAUGACCUACUGGACCAAUUUUGCGAAGACAGG